AUUUCACCAAACUAGAUAAGAGCUUUUUAGUUAGCUUUAGCAGCCGCCAGAAUAACAGUAAUGAGCAGUGGAGAUUUCAACCCUGCCGCCACUCCUACCCCCUGUGAGGACAUACAGGGGGAUGGACGAUGGAUGUCGCUGCAUAAUCGUUUCGUAUCUGACAGUAAAGGAAAGGAGCCUGAUGUGCUUUUUGUUGGAGAUUCUCUUGUCCAAUUGCUGCAUGAGUUUGAGAUUUGGAGAAAGCUGUUCUCCCCACUUCAUUGUCUAAACUUUGGGAUUGGUGGUGACGCCACGCAGCAUGUCCUGUGGAGACUCAGUAAUGGAGAGCUGGAUCACAUCAGUCCAAAGGUGGUAGUGUUGUGGGUGGGCACAAAUAAUCAUGGGCACUCACCUGAGCAGAUCUGUGGAGGCAUCAUGGCCAUUGUUAAUGUGAUCAACAAGAAACUGCCUCAAGCUCACAUUCUUGUACUGGGUAUUUUGCCGAGGGGUAAGAAUCCAAACCCUCUGCGGGAGCGUAAUGCACAGGUAAACACUCUGGUCCAGGCUGAAUUAGCACAUCUCUCUUAUGGUUCCUUCCUGGAUGUGGAUCCUGGAUUUGUCCAAUCGGAUGAGUCCAUCUCUCACCAGGACUUUUACGACUAUCUUCACCUUACAGCGCAGGCUUACCAAAAAGUGUGCCAGCCACUACACACUCAGAUAAAAGCCCUGCUAGAGGCACAUGCACCCUGAGCACACAAACGAUACACUUUGUUGAAAUCUGACUGGAAGACAAAAGCUUGCACAUACCCAGAUAAGUCGAAAGUUUACACACACUUGGAAGGGACGUGUGUGCAACUGUUCAAUUUUCUGUACAUAACAACAUACUUAAUUUCUUCACUAACAUGUCCAUUUCACAAACACUUACACUGCUGGGUCAAAUAUAUAUGUUUAUAUAUGUAGUAUAGCCAAAAAAAUGUGGACACCUGACCAUGACCUUUUGGGACAUCCCAUUCUAAAACUGUUGACAAUAAUAUUAAGUUGUCACCUUAUUCAUGACUAUUAACUUACUCUUAUGGAAAAACUUUCCAGAAGAUUGUGCCUGUGUCUGAAAAACUUGUACCUAUUAAGUCAAAACAGCAUUUUUAAGGUUGGCUCUGAUUUAAAAUGAGAAAGUCUUCCAAUUUAUCCCAAUAGUGAUCAUUCAGGAUCACUCCAGACCAAACUUAUCAAACCAUGUCUGUAUAGAAAUGGUUUUGUUCACUGGAGCAGUCAUUGUUGACAUUAAAAGGUGCUUUCCUAAACUGUUGCCUCAUAAGUUAAA